AACAGAAGAAAAAAAAGGGGGAAAAAAAGGAAGGAAAAAUGAAAAUCUCUGUGUCUUCGGGAAAGGAUUCGUGCGAGAUCGGACAUGGAAUAUAAACUGUCAAACGGAAGCGACAACGGAUCACCCCAAAGAUAGCACAAAACCCAUCAACCCACGUCACGGUUUCGCAAGAUUUCUUUUUUUUUUUUUUUUUUUCUCUAUUCUCGUUCGCUUUAACAUCGAUCGCAUCCGUAUCGCGUUCUUUUAGCUGCCGAAGGAACGGGAAAAAAGAGGAGUUUCCCUCCAACCCAAUCCCAAAAAGGGACGAAAAUCUCGCCUUUUGAUAAUUCAUCUCCGACCCAAUCCGAACGGGGGCCAAAAAUCUCGCCUUUUGAUGAUUCAUCUCCGACCCACAUGGGUUCGAGAUUGAAUUUUCGUCCCCGAAUCCCAAUGGCGACGACAAGCUAACGCAUUUUCGAUAAGAAGAGCGGGGAGUUGCGAUGAAGGGCAAGGAUCCUUCGCCGGAGGUGCAGAUCACGGUGCAGGGGCGGGGCGGGGACGGCGGGGUGGCGGCGGGGGCGGAGGACCAUGUGUUCCGGCAGGUCAGGUACAGACGGUGGGUCACGUGGCUGGUCCCGUCGUUCGUGGUGGCCAACGUGGUGAUGUUCUUGGUGACCAUGUACGUGAACGAUUGUCCCAAGAAAUCCGGUUUUUGCAUCGUCAGGUUUCUGGGGAGGUUCUCUUUUCAAACGCUCAAGGAGAAUCCCCUGCUCGGGCCUUCAUCGGAUACGUUAUACAAGAUGGGCGCUUUAGCAGUUGCUGACGUGGUUCAGAGGCACCAGGCUUGGCGCCUAUUUACCUGCAUAUGGUUGCACGCUGGGGUUUUCCACAUGCUGGCAAAUAUGUUGAGUCUAGUUUUCAUAGGGAUCCGACUUGAACAGGAAUUUGGUUUUGUUCGAAUUGGGCUACUGUAUGUUAUAUCUGGCUUUGGUGGAAGUUUAUUAUCAGCCCUAUUCAUUCAAUCUAGCAUCUCGGUUGGUGCAUCGGGUGCCCUUGGUUUGCUAGGGAGCAUGCUCUCCGAACUCAUUACAAAUUGGACAAUAUAUGCGAACAAGUUAGCGGCAUUGUUAACUCUCAUCGUCAUCGUUAUAAUAAAUCUCGCGAUGGGUAUUCUGCCUCACGUGGACAACUUUGCUCAUAUUGGCGGAUUUCUUUCUGGUUUUCUUCUUGGCUUUGUGUUCCUAAUUCGGCCGCAGUUCGGGUGGGUUAGCCAAAGAAAUGCUCUUCCUGGAAGAGCAACCCCUUCACUUAAACCAAAGCACACGAUGUAUCAGUAUGUGCUAUGGGUGAUUUCUGUGAUUCUACUAAUCUCAGGGUUGACAGUUGGCCUGGUGAUGCUCUUCCAUGGAGUUAAUGCAAAUGAAUACUGCUCGUGGUGUCAUUAUAUGAGCUGCUUCCCCGGCUCAAAAUGGAGCUGCAAGUCGCAACAAGUAUCCUGCAUGAUGAACCAAACUGGGAAUGUGCUCGACUUGACAUGCCUAAGCAAUGGGAAGAGCAAUGAUUACAUAUUGUCAAACGACAAUCCUUCCGUGAUCCAGAAUUUAUGUAACCAGCUAUGCAGUUAAUAUUGACUCACAUGAACAGGUAUAGGAGCUUUGCGUAAGCAAUAUUUCUUUCUGUACAAAAUUGGAUUCUGCAUCAGCAGAGAACAUUGUCUUGCAUCCUGUGAAAAGAAUUAGGAAAAAGACGAAAAUAGUCAAUUCACUAUAACCGAUUUUGACUUA